CUUUGCCCAAAGAUUAGUAGUAGAUUACCUUAUAAAUACCAACACCGAUGAAUUCCUCCAACCAAAUCAUCAAUCAAAACCUAGCUUCUAGUUUAGAUCCUUCAUUCUUUGUUGUGAUUGUAGUUUUUUUGUCUUGUUAAGAGCCACCGCAAUGACUGGAGGAAAGCACCACCACCACCAUCACCAACACCACCGCCACGUUCAGGAAGACAUUAAGCCGAUUGAUUAUGCCAGAGAAGUUAAACACCACAAGCAUAACGAGCACCUCGCUGAGCUCGGUGCCAUUGCUGCCGGCGCUUUUGCCGUGCAUGAGAAGCACAUGAUAAAGAAAGACCCAACUUGCGCUCACACACACAAGAUAGAGGAAGAGAUUGCAGCUACGAUUGCAGUUGCAGCCGGUGGGUACGCGUUGCAUGAGCACCAUGAGGUGAAAGAAGCAAGGAAACAUAUGAAGUAUCACCACGGCCACCACUUCGUCUAACUUUUUACUCUUAAUAUGUAUUGUCUACAUAGUAUAUAAUUAAAUUUGCAGCGAUCAGCAACUGCUGUAAAUAGUUAUACUCAUGGGUUGUUUAUGUUUCAUUACUAGGCAUAUUCUUAUGUAUCUUUUUUCUAGGGCUAUUUAUAUAUACCUAGGUUAAUUAGUGUUGAACAUUGUAAUUUGACUUGAACCCGUAAUAACAUUCAGUUUCUCU